UCUUACUAUUCUGGUCUCUGUAAGUAUGCAUCGACUGCCAGAUUCACCGUGAUCCACAGCUGCAUCUUCUGGAGGAUUAAUCGUGAACAAGCUUUGCAGCAGAAGUAUGGCGGGUGCGCCUCUGAUCAUCACUGAGCGGAACACAGAUGGCUCUGCUCAUGACGGAGUUUUCUCAGAUCUUACAUUUUUUGUAACUCAGCGCUUACCUAGCCGCUCGCAUUAUGUGCAACAGAUCACAGAUAAUGGCGGCAAAAUUGUCAAGAUUGAGAGUACUGCCGACUAUUUGAUCUGUGACCAUAUGCGGAAGGAUGCACCGCAAGCGGGCGUUUCUUACCAAUGGAUCGAUGAAACUCUCAAGCAUGGGCAGCUGCUGGAGACGAGCGCUUACGCGGUCGCCAAAGUCCCGAGAUCGACCGCCAAUAGGACAUCCACGGUACCUAAAGGCACCCGGACGCCCUUCACGAAUGAGGAUGACAGAGUGCUGCUUGAUUGGGUUGAACAAGCAGAAGCGGCUGGCGACGCAGUGAGAGGCAACGCCAUCUAUGAAACGCUUGCAGCAUUGAAUCCUCGACACACUGCUCAAGCAUGGAGGUCGCGCUAUGUCAAGAAUCUGGUUAAUAACCAUCCGCGCCAAUCCAUGACCAGCAGUGCUCCACCGCGAACAUUGUCUUAUGUGACAGCAAAAUCAAGCAAUUCACAACCCCGGCUCUCCGGUGUCAGUUCCGCCCUGUCAUCAGAACUAAGUCGAAGCGGCAGUGGCUUCAUAGAAGGCUCAAGAACAGUUGGCGCCGCUUUGCCAUUCGACCAGUCCGAUUUCGACCAGUUAUUGGGGUCAGUAGAAGUUAUUCUUGAUGUCGAUCCAAGUCAGAUUGAUAAAGCUUGGCAACAGUGGGCUGAAGCUUAUGGCACACAUGGAGCGCGAGAGUGGCGAGACUUCUUCCACCGACGAGUCCUGCCAGAAUACAUUAAGCGAAACCGUAAGACUGAGCCUGUGGUAGCAAACAAUGAUCAACCACGACAGGCGACCGAGGAGACAUCGGCAAGAAAACGGAGGCGGUCCAGCUCAUCUCCUGGUCAUGAGCCGAGUCGAUCGCGACAGAGAUUGGACCCUGCAACGUCGGACAACCCCGGAGUUGAGGACGAAGGACAAGCGGGACAAGCACAUAUAAGUACGAAGCAGGCCGCUCUCGACAUGCCAUCGGCGACAAGUACCAUCGGAAUUGUCACCUCUACGCCAUCGAAAGUCAUAAACGAUGAUGCGGAAGCUGGCAAGCUUAUUACUUCAGACGAGAACCGGGCGGCAAAUUCGCAGCUCAUGGCCGAGUUGAGGCCGCCAGGCACGUCGUCAGGGGAGGUUGUCAGGAGCGAUAUGGAUGAAAAUGGUGUCGCAACGCGAGAAAAUGGGACUGAUAGCAGCCUCGCCGCGCGAGGUCUCAAAAAUCUGGGAGAUGCCUUGACUGAGGAAAAUCUUGCUGUCCAGCAGGCGCACCAUCAAGCGCAGUUGCGCGGCAUCGAUAUUCCUGAAGAUGACGAAGCUAAAGAUCGAAGCGAAUUCAUAGAUUACCUACAGGGGGUAACUAUUCAAGCCAAAGAAAGUGCUCAAGGCAGUUCGGUCGAUCCAGAGAAGCUGGCACCUGGCAAAGCACGACAUUCAGCACAACACUCAGCACCUAGCGAAGGCGAUUCAGUCAAUGACCGUGAAGAAGAUCCAGCGCUGCCGCAGCUACCUGAGGUACAGAAUCGGCCCCAUCAAAUGAAGAUCAUUGUAUCGGACACAAAUGAGGCUGCAAGUGCAGAUAAUACGAAUCCCACAACGAAUUUUAAUCUGCUCCAAUCUGCGAACGGUCGUGAUGGGAUGGGCGUUGACCUCAAUCUUGAUCUUUCGAUACCUGAGCCUGCUAGCGGGUUUUUCCUCGGGUCGACUCCUGCUCAGUCUUCUCAGCUGACAUCUGCAAGCGAAAAGCUUGAACCUGUUGAAACAUUUUUUGGCGCACCGGGCCUCGAUACGCAGGAAAUAUUUGGAGCAGCUAUUCAGGACGUGGAUAUGACGAUACCGGAUCCGGUGCAAUCUGAUUCGGGGCAGCAUGAUGGACAUGAGACCCCGAGAGCUAGCUUCACAUCAUCAGCACAACUCAACGAGCCCACCAAUGAUAGCCAUGAGCACUCUCAACCAGACGAAACCGAAGUCGACAUGGAGACGUGGAUGGAAAGGAUGGCCCACGAGGGUUACAAGCAAGCGGCUAUCAUUGAUGCGUUAAAAUGCACAUCGUUGCGACCAGACUUGGCGGAAUACGUGCUUCUCGAGAUCAAAAAUGGGAGAGCAUUGCCUCGUGACGUUCCUGGCGUGUGGAGCGAAUCCGAUGACAGAAUCUUGCAAGGUUGUGACGCAAGACGUUUGAGAGCACUUGAAGAGAAGCAUGGAGGAUGGUCUGCACUUGAUCAGAGGCGAGAAUUCCUCGAAGGAUAUUCCUAGUCGUCCGAGAGAUGCCCAGCAAUUUGGAUGGUCUGCAUCUCGAGACACGAAGGUGAAACCAAGACAUGACGUUACACUGCCCUUAUGAACUUCGAGCAAUUGACAGAAUUUCAUCCUGAUUCCGGUCAGAUCUCAAUAAUAAGAUCAUUGGAAAUGAAAAUUCGGCAAACGGUGGUUUACGUUGUCCCACAUUCGGAGGUCGGGAGUGGCAAAGUCGCGGUAUUGAUUCGCGAAUUCGAAUCAGCAACCCGUAGGCAAGACCAGAUCGUGUGGCGUAACGCACGAAAUGUACAUCCAGCUACAGCAACGCUUCGCAGCCAUAGUGUUACAUCUGUUUGAUGCGUAUGGUCUCAACCGCCAACAGUUUAGAAGUACUCGGAGGUAGGUGGUGAUUGAUACAGUACCUGGAGCGGCA